CCGCUAUAGGAAUAUGCCAUGGCGGCUUGGAGCAUAUUCUCCGCCAACGAGAAAAUCAAAAAAGUAAGAAGACCUACAUUGUCUAUCAGUUUGAAAGUAGCAGCGAUUUCUUGUUGGCCGCGAGCUCCUCGCGCGCACGACGCUCACGGCGCGGCACCGGGAUCUAGAGAUUUCCCUCCGGAUUCGCGACCGGCGGCGGGGCUAGGCGAUCGAUUCGAUCUCUUUCAGCUCUUCCGGAUCGGCGGAUCUCGCGCGCGCGCUUGGUGGAGGUCACACGGCACUAGGUAGGGGCGGCGGCGAGAGGAGAGGCGCGGCGCGAUGAUGAAGAACAGCGGCGCGGUCCUGUCGACGACGGCGCUGCUGGUGCUGGGCUACGCGCUGUGCUCGAGCCUCCUGGCGGUGAUCAACAAGUACGCCGUGACCUACUUCCCAUACCCUAGCCUCCUCACGGCGCUCCAGUACCUCACCAGCGCCGGCGGCGUCCACCUCCUGGGCCUGGCCGGCCUCCUCCACCACGACGCCCUCGCCUGGGACACCGUCAAGCGCUUCCUCCCCGCCGCGCUCGUCUUCUACCUCGCCAUCUUCACCAACACGCACCUCCUCAAGCACGCCAACGUCGACACCUUCAUCGUCUUCCGCUCCUCCACGCCGCUGCUCGUCGCCAUCGCCGACACCUUCUUCCGCCGCCAGCAGUUCCCCUCGCGCUACACGCUCGCGGCGCUGCUCGUCAUCCUCGGCGGCGCCAUCGGCUACGUGCUCACCGACUCGGCCUUCUCGGUCACCGCCUACUCGUGGGCCGCCGCCUACCUCGUCACCAUCACCACCGAGAUGGUGUACAUCAAGCAUAUGGUCACCAACCUGGGACUCAACACCUGGGGCUUCGUCUACUACAACAAUCUCCUCUCGCUCGCCAUGGCUCCAUUCUUCUGGAUCGUCACUGGCGAGUACUCGGAGGUGGCCCGGGCGAGUUGGGAGAGCCUGUUCCAGUUCCAGGCCGUCUUCUCGGUGGCGCUCUCGUGCGUUUUUGGCCUGGCCAUCAGCUUCUUCGGCUUCGCGGCCAGGAAGGCCAUCUCGGCCACCGCAUUUACAGUCACCGGGGUGGUGAACAAGCUGCUCACGGUGAUUAUCAACGUGCUCAUCUGGGACAAGCACGCCAGCACCGUCGGGAUCUUGUUCUUGCUGCUCACGAUUGUUGGCGGGGUUUUGUACCAGCAGUCGACGGCCAUGCCGAAGCCGAGUAGCCAGCCAUCCGAGGUGGUGGUGUCCAAGCCGAUGGAGAGUUUGGGGGACAAGGAAGAGGAGGCCGAGGAGGAGGAGGAUGAAGAGGCCGGUUUCCUCAAGAAGUCGUCCGAGUAAGAAAACGUAGUGAGCGAGCGAGCGAGGCGUGGCAAGCUCACACUUUCCUCUCAGGAUUCAGGUACUAGGACUGCGCAUGGCAUAAAUAAUCAAUCAAGGUGGAAGAAACAACUUCAAUUCCAUCACCACCACGAACGACGUGGAGGCAAAAAAGUCUCGCUCGUUGUUGGACUGGAUGAAAUCGAUGCAUCAAAAGCUAAGCUAAGUUCUUUCUCUCCUGAAA